AUGGCCUCGAUAUGUACCAGAUGCUCUCUUCGCCUGCGUAGAGCCGCCCAGACCGAAUCCCAGCACCUCUCGAAACGAUCAUUCUCCAGCACCACGAGCCGACAACGCGGAAAUCUACCCUCAUUCCACGAGUCGUCCCACGAAGAGCUCCAGAAUGUCCUCUCCUCAGUGCGCGAAAAGUACUUCAUCCCCGCCUACAUGCACAAGCAAGAACACAAGCUCGUGACCAAGCAGAAAUUCCGGCAGCAACUCAUCGACAACCCCCAAACAGCCAUAGUCGGCGGCGAGGAGAUCACCCUACAGCCCAUCAACCCGCGGGAAGGAUGGCCACAUAGACGAUCAAUCGUUGCGAAGGCGAUCAAUGGUAUCAUCAACGGCGAAACGAAAGACUGGCUGAACCUCCCAAUGCUUCUCCAAGGACUGAAUGAAGGCGUCAAGAAGGCCGCGUCGGACUCAUUGAUGGAGAAGAUCGUGCGGAAAGCUUUCCAAGCAAAGCAGCUCGGAGUGGUCAUUGGAUGUCUACACCAAGCAGAGCAGACGGGCAUGACCUUGAAGAGUGACCCUGUUCUCAGGGCAUUCCUAGCUGGUCUGCACGAUCUGGCGCAGGAGUCGGGGUGGAAUAAGGGUGCUUUGGAGAGAGCGCUGCGGGAUGCAAAGGUAAUCUCGCAGCUGUUAGAGUCGAAGAAGCACGGAACAGAAGGGACGGUCAGGAAAGAUGAUCCUAGGAUAAGACCCGAGGUGUUGGGUGUAUUUCUUGAGCUGGCGAGUGUGUACGCGUGGAAAUACGACGGGAAAAGGGAUACGGAGGGCUUGGUGAAGGCGUAUGCUGAGAGACUGCUUAGCAAUUUGAGCAAGAGGCAGAUCAAGCCACGCGCCUUGAAACUACUGGAACGAAGUAAGCAGUGGCCGAUGCUGCAAGCAAUACCCAUCUGGCAUGGUCUUAGCCUUGCUGAGAAGAUCCUCGGGAAGGAUAUGCCGCAGCGUCAAGCCGCGAGCAAGGCCGUCGCGGAAUAUGAGGUCGCUCUUCGAGGUCUUGCGGCUGAGCUCGAAGCCCGCAAUCCAGCGGAAGGUACUUAUGAACAUCAAGCAUUGGAGGCUUGGAGACGAUGCAUCAGAGACUAG